CAGGAAACCACAGCCCAUCUGCCGGCUGCGACGCAUCUCCCGAUCACCCAGCACGAUCUGACUCCGAUACAAUCCAGCAGUUGCACCCCACGAUGCUGUUCAAGCUUCCUCAGAGACUGCUCUUCCGGCCUGCUGCACAGCCAUCGGCCUGUGUAUCGGCAUGGCCAUCUCGCCUCGCCUCGCCGGCAUCGCGAUGGUUUGCCUCGUCGGCCCUGAAUCGCACGUCCCUGAUCGACGCUGCCCUGACCGAGGCACAGAACACCCAAAAGGCCGAGAUCAUCAAAGGCACAUCGGCGUCGUCGGCGUCGGCCGGAUUCGAAAAGACCUUUUCGACGGGCCACUUCCGCGUCAGUCCCCAGAAGCUCAACCAUCUCGCCCGCAUCCUCAACGGCAUCUCGCUGCAGGAGGGCUUGAAGCAGAUGCAGAUGUGUCUGAAAAAGCCCUCUGUGCGAGUCGAGGGACUGCUGCGACGUGCCGCUGCCUCCUGGGAGCAUAACUAUGGCGGAAACAAGGACUUGCUCUAUAUCCGGCGCGCCUGGGUCGGAAAGGGCCCGUACAUGAAGCGCAUCAAAAUCCACGGCCGAGGCCGCUUUGGCAUCAUGCACCACCCGACGGCGCAUUUGCGCAUCCUUGUUACCGAAAAGGCCAAUGUUCACAAGAAGCCUGGCCAUCUCGAGAAGCUUGCGUACAUCUUCAAGAAGAACAAACUGUGGACGCCGCUGUCGCAGCGCAAGGCUGCCGCCAUCACCCGCCCGCCUUGGUACAGGCACAACUGGAAGUAUCUGACCUCCCCCAAGUGGGUGUCGCCCGAUAACGCCCUGCUAAACACUCGGGGCUAGAUAGUCUUUGGCAGAUACGGGCUGGACUCGCCUGGUCGUUGAUCUGGGCCUGAGGCUGACGCCAUGCGACGGUCGUAUGAGCAACCGGCAAUAUAUGCUGUCGUAAUGCAUU